GGCUCAAUAAGUGCCUGGACCCUCGCUCACUGGAGGCAAGAUGGCGGAGUCUAACGAGUGCUUUAAUAUUGGCAGCACAGUAACUUGCAAAACGUGCUUUAAUGAAGACCUGCAGGGCGAAGUAUUAGCCUUUGAUCCGCACGUGAAGCUCCUAACGUUGAAAUCCCCCUCCAGCAAUGGCCGUUCAGCGACAUAUGAUAUUCACAUGGUAAAUCUCAGCUAUGUGUCACAAGUCACAGUAAUGAGAGAAGCUGCUGGUUCACCUUUACCUUCACUGCCAUCUUUAAACCUUAGUAAGAUAUCUGGGAAAGCUGUACAUCUCAGCAUGGGCAGGUCCCCAUCCAUGCCAAGUAAUCGGGCAAAGAAAAGUAUAGAUGAAAAACAACGAUUAAUUGAAGCAAUGCAGUCAGGCGUGUCUCCCAUCGGCCAGAAGCUGUUCCUUCACAUUCGUAAAACGAUGGAAGAAGUCAAGUGGGCUGGAGUGAGCAUUUUGGUUAUGGGUCAGGUGAUCAUCUCUCCCCCAUACCAGAUUGAGAAUGUCAAGGAGCAGAAGGAAGGCAAGGAAUCCAACUCAAAGACUCUUCCUUACGUCAAGAAACUUGUGGACAAAUUUCAUCAGGAUCAACAGAGCCUGUCCCUUAAUAAUGGAACAAGUGCAACUCCUGUUGUAGCUGAGGUGCAGCCAGUAUCACAGUAAAGAAGUUAGACAACCAAGGCAUGUACAACACCAUGGUGGGGAGAAGGGGCCCUCUCCCAGGUGAAUGUGCUCUAUAUUUUAAUAAGUAUAUAGUGCAGGCCACUUAUGAAGGUCAUGUGUGUGUGAGCAAAUCACUGUGUGACUGGUGGUCAUGACAUGUCAAGAGUGAAAGUUGAAUAUGUGCAAUUUAGUUUCUUUUUCACCUGAAGUUCAGUUUCCUAUACUUUAUUAUUUUUUUCUUUUGAACCACAAAGAUUUUCUUUCAGGCUUUAUGCUUGAAGAUCUGUUGUGAAUAUUUUGAAAAUACUUUGAGCAUUAUAUUUUAUAUGAAUACAAAACUUUUAUAACUACCUGAAAGAUUCCUAUGCCUGGAUUGCCAAGAAAGAAUGCCAUACAUCCUACAUACAAAGUUGAACAAUAAAAGCUGCAUUUAAGAAUGUUAGGUAGGUGGCAGCAAAGCAUCUUAAAUAUUGGAAUCCUUUUCAUCUUAACUUGUUAUGAGCAUAGUUCACAAAACAUUACCAUAAAUACUGAAAAAAAAAGUGAAUCUCUAGUUUUGUAUUUGACCACAAAUUAAGUGAGACCUGGCCCUCACCAGUGGGUUGGCAUAAACAAGAUCCUAAGUUUUCUCUUUGUAUAUAUAUUUUUAUUUUUUAUUUAUUUUUUCAUUAUAAUUAUCAAAGUGAAGCCAGUCAUGUUAAAUAUGUAAAUAAAUUAUUGUUAAAUGCCACAUGAAUCUACAGUUCCAUAUUUUUUGACUUAUCUCCUGAAAUAGUUUUACAUAUGUGCAGCUAAUAAUAGGACAAAAGCAAUAGCACUCUCCUUAUGCAGGCAAGUCAUAAAUUGAUGAAAGGUGUUUAGUGAGACAGAUUGAUCCUUUACAAAUGACUAACAUUCAGGAUGUUAAUUGGUUAUUCAUAACUUUUAUUUAGAAAUAACAAAUUGCAUUUCCUUCUCCUAUUUAAAUUUUUUGUGUUAGGUAACAUGGUUAUCUAUUUCUGAUGCUAUUUUCUUAUACCUUGUACUUUCCAAGAAUCCUAAACUCCUGGGAAAUGUAUUUGCAUCAUUUUCUAUACUGUAUCAUAUUUUUUAUACAAGUGGUAAUGUGUUUGUUAUCUUUAAGCAAUCUUCCAGGAAAUGCAAAGUUCCAUGUGGCAUGUAUUUUCUUAAACUGAUAGACAUGCAAUUCGACAAAAAAUGAAGACUAUCCCUUUUUAUACAGACAGCUGAAGUGACAUUUUGUACUUCUGUCCUCCCAGCUUGAUUUGACUUCAUUCUUUUAACAAGUAGAGUGAAUUCUGUAAAUGCAGCAGACAUUUCAGUUGAGCUCUGAAUUAGUCAUGUGAAUUUGGUAUAUAUAAUGUAUCAUACAUCAUUACAGUAAGUGGAGAAUGUGUGACAUCAUCCUUCUUAUCUGGCACUUAUUAAUGUGUCCUGUACCAAAGAACUGUGAAAAUGCAUGAUUGUUGUUUUUCCCCAUUCACUUGAUUUGUUCCUUGUGUGGAUAUGAUGGAUUAGCAAAUUGAAGUACUGGACCCUACUAGCCUCUCUAAUGCCUUUCCCUCUAGAACACCAUCUUGUUGCCAAGUGACACCUACCUGCACUUUUCUGUACCAUCUUGCAUUAGAUAAAUUUCUUCAAGUUAAUAUACUCCAUUUACCUGGAAGCAGUCAAGGUAAUGGGAGAGCUAUAUGAGGGUUUUGUCAGGGAGGGGUGAUGGUAGUUAUUAGUAAGAGUGCAAAGCUCAGGACUGGGAGAAGCAAGAAAUCAGCGUGAAAUUCAAGAGCUGAAAUGACUAUGUUCAAGGUUUGGUGCUCAUGAGCCAUGUAGUAACAACUAUGAGGUUAAAAAUUUGUUUUGACAUUGUUAGCAAAAAAAAAAAUUUAAUAACUAUCACUGUCAUUAGCUGCAAUACAAUUAUACUGCCUUUUUUUGUGUUCAUGUAAUCUUUCUUGACAAUCUGAUAUUCACCAUAAUAUUUUUGUACUUACAAGUGCACCUGUGAGGAUGAAAGCUGGAACUGUCUGUCAACACUAAGGCCUUAACUCACAGGCAUUGGGUUCUCUGGUGCUGCAAAUAAAAAAAAUGAAUAAAUAAAAGAACUAAGAACCAUUCUGUCAUUGUUAGAGAUAAUUUGUUAUAUCUUUUUAUUUGUAAAUAUUCUUCAUCUAUAUUAACUUAUUUUCUAUAUUCCUGCAUCAAGACCUGAUAACAGAAUUGAUUCAUCCCAGCUACUCUGGCAUGAUUCACAAUUGCUUUCCAUUUAGACGUAUUAUGUGCACACAUUCUUGCUUGGUUCUCAAACAGUGCUAAGAUUUUUUCAUAUAAUAACAGCAGCAAAAAAUUCUUACUUCUUACUUCCAUUUUUCCAGGAUCACUCAUAUAUGUUCACUUUACUUACAUCUUUCUUUUUUACUUUGUGUGCAAGAUCAGUGAAGUGUGAGCCUGAUAGUCCCAUGACUAGUGCUGCACAAAGAAAAUUUUAGCAGCUCUGCUUAAUGAUCAGUGUUACACAAAACUCUUCUGGCUCAACCUUGAUUCUGUCUGGGCAUAACUGAUGUGAUUCACAAAAUAUCUUUGCAUAUGCAGAAUGGGAAAAUCAUAUAAGUGAAAGUGGGCUACAACUUACUGUGAAAAUCUAUAUGAAUCAGGCAUCCAACCAACCAUAAUGGAUUGGCUGCUGACAGUGGAUUAGGAGGAUUAUGGAGGCUUAUGUUGAUACUCAUCAUGAAUUAAUCCUGAUGGUAUAAUUAUUAAAGACAGCAGGGCAGAGGAUUUGGAGAGAUGAGAGUAAAUUCUGUUGGGGUGGCUUGUUGAUAGUAAUUACUUCAAAUGUAAAGAAAAAACUGUACCUUUAAACUUUCUUGGGGUUCACAGAUAGCUGCCCUUUAAGCAACAUACAUACCUUCAGAAAUGUGUAGUUCAGCAAGGAAUUUUGGUGCCAUAAAUUACAACUGAUGUCAAGUGUUAGGUAUCCAAGUACCUUUACCAUCUUCUCUCCUUUGUCACACGUUCUUCCUGCUCCUGUAAUGAAAAUCAUAUCUGAAAAUUUACUGAUGAGACAUUUUUUAAAGAAUAAGAAAUUUCAAAGUAUGGGAGAGUAUAUUAGCUUUAUUUUGAAUAUGAUGAAUUACAAAAGAAGAAAGCCUUAUUGUAAUUUUCAUUUCAUUUUAAAAUUUGAAAAGACAAUAUUUAUUUACUUAGGCUAUCAUUUUUUUUACUACAAAAUAUUUAAAGUCUAUCAUUUUGUAGUAAGAAAAAUGAUAAAGUCUUCUCUUUAUUGGCAUGUGUUAAUAAUGAAUUGAUCUGAUUUUCAACAUAAUUUUUAUUACUACAAAAUGUUUAAAGUCUUCUCUUUAUUGGCAUGUGUUAAUAAUUAAUUUGAUCUGAUUUUCAACAUAAGUGUUAUUGGAGUUAAGUGAGGAAGUUAGAGUUUGUUAGCCAUGAAUUAUAUAACAAUGGUCUGAAUCCUGGGUUUCAUCUGACCAGUUUUAUAACAUCAGGAUUAUUUGUAAUUUAGUUCUUCAGUCUGGAAAUGCAUUGUCAAAGCUGUUGAAACUAAUUUACUAUUUUUAGAUGAAUGAUGUUACAGGAAGUGUUUUUGUAUAAGACAAUGAAAUUGAGAAUAAUGUUCUUACCAGUGCAUGAAAUAUUUAAGAGACUAUGAGACCUCCAACCACUGGUCUGUUGCAGCUGCAAAGUUCCAGCAUAACUAAAAGCAGCUAAAACAGCAGCAUAAGAUUCAGUAAAGAAGAAAAUCAUCAUUCAAAUUUCACGCACCAUUGUGUUGGCUACGUUGUCAGGAAAUAAAUGAAAAUAUAUUUUCCAUAUAAAAAAUACUUUGUGAGAAUUAAAUUAAAUUAUCACACAGCCUUUUAAAAAACUUGGUUGAGGAAAGAGGGCAUUUUAUAGAAUAUGCUAAAUUAUUGGGGGGAGGGUUACAGUAAAAAAGAAACAAUCUAAAGGAUAAAGAAGUGGCAUCAAAUAAUUUUGUCAAGUACCUGAAUUUUAUUGAUUCGUACAUUACUUGGUACCAUUAUUUUUUAUUUUUCAUAUGUUGUUGUUGUUAACUGCACAAUAAAGACACUUAAAGAUGGUUAAUCUUAGGUUACUUGGACAAUACUGAAAGAAUUACCUAUGUAUGGCAAACUAGGUAUAUAGUGUUUCUAUAUUUCACAUUAAGUAAAAUUUAUAUUGUUUGGGACAUGUAUGUAUUUUCACUGUUAAGAAAUGAUACUGAAAACUGUAUUGAAUAAUUAAUAAUUGUUAAUAGAUUACUAUCAUCAACUGAUUUAUGGAGGUUUUUCUGUUUAAAGUGUGUAAAAGUAGACCAAAGAAUUUAACAUUAUAGUGUGUUGCCUUUUAUAAUUCUUGCACAUGAUGCAGUGGAAGAUCUUUAAUUUCAAUAAAUAUUCAGAUAGAAUGUAACAGCAAAAAGAUGUCCUAACAUGAAAAUGAGGUACCUAUCAAAAGACAGUAGUGAUAUGUAAUGCAACAAAGUAAAGCAGCUUCAAGGUUUGGAUGGGACUUUGAUGCAGUACACUUCAAAUUACCAAAAUAUUUUAAUUUCAAAAUAUUGCAGAAUUCCGGCUUUCCAUACCAAAAACUGACUUCACAGUGUGUUUCCUAUAUAUAAUUUGUAUUUUAUUUCUGUUUUAUCAUGCACUUACAAGGUGGGAUCUUGAAGAAUACUUUCCUAAACCAUUCUGAUGUAUAGAAUUCCCUUGGAAGAUAAUACCCUGCUCUUUUAUUUUGUCCCUUUUAGUCAGUCUGUACAACAGGUAUUAGUCAGUCUCAACAACAGGUAGGGAAUACAAGGACAAUAUAAGAACUUCACACCUCAGUGACUUCCUAAAAUGAGCGAGUGUUAACAUGUAAUUGUUUUUGUACCAAAUAAAUCAUUGAUGCCACUUCAACCAUCGUAGUAAUAAUAAAUGGCAAUAAACAAAUACAGAUUGACUUAAAUAUAUGCAUACUGAAAAAUCCAAGUACUACAUAUACGCAGUGAUGUAUUAGUUUAAGAAUUUAUGAGAGGAAGCUAAACCCAGUAUGAAAAAAGAAUUAAUACUUGUCUUACUGUGCUAUUUGUUCUUGAAUUUACAGUUACAUAUGUUGAUGAGAUAAACAAUUUUUAGGCACUUGCUGGGACCAACAUACUGGCUGGCAGAAAAGUACAACUACAACCUGUGUCAUUGCAGCAUUAUGGAAAUUAUGCAUCAGCUACCCAAGACCCCUCUUCCAACCCGUUUUCUUGUUUUGAGGAAAAUUUUAGUAAUGACUGAAAUGGGAUUUCACUUGAUAGAGAGAAUGUCGUGAGGCUGAAGUUAUCAAGAUGACAAAAAUUAGCUGGCAUAUGUGAAAACUUUUAUUAUGAAAUAGAAGAAAAGAGAAGUGUUAAAGAUCGAAGGACACUGAAGCACUCAGGCUUAGUAUACAGAUUACACAGUAGAUGCUCUUUGGUUUAUGCUCUACUGUAUAAUUAGGAGCCCUAGGCCGGGUGAUUCUUUUAUAGAAGUUUGUGCAGGAGAGAUGGAGAAAGUUUAUGUUGCUGAUCCUUUUUCUAUUAUGAAAAGUGUGACUGCAAGGAGAGGAUAAACAGGAAAGCUAUGCAUCUUACUGUUGUAAUUAUUUAUGAUUGUUUCAUAUUGAGUAUAAGACUUUGUUUUCUUAUUGAAUAUAAAUUUUUUAUAGAAGUCAAUUGAGACCAUAUAGAUAUUUAAAAAAAAAAUUUAAAUGAUGCUAAUUUAGUAAAAUGUGGAUCAUAUGUAAUUUAUGACCUGUAAAAACUGUCAAUAAAGACAAAUAUAGAA